CUUUGAAUUGCUUUGUUUUUUGAAUGUGCUAUACAAGUAAUAUUGCCUUUACUUGCCUUCACUUUCAAAGCAGAUGCAACGCAUUUUUCAUUUUAAUUCUAGCUUUUCCUUGGUGGGCAGGCGUGGCGCCGCUCCCCUUGUUCAGUGGUAAAGGGAAAACCUGCAAAGGAGUGGUCUGAGGACGAGUACCACCCCUUUCCAAAAGAACUACUUAUAACCUUUACAAAUCCUACUUGAGACUUGUUCUACCGUGCCAUCACAAAAUGCAUCUCCUUACACUCAUCCUGGGGAUUGUCCUUCUCUCUAAAGCCAACACCUUGAAAUGUUAUGAGUGUGUAGCGGGAAGCUCAGGAAACUGCACAGACUCAAAAGAAUGUCCUUCGCCAGGUCACCAGUGUGGCGCACUCACUUUAACUUCAUAUGCAGGUGGUUCAAAUGUGAAUGAAGUCUCAUCAAAAAGCUGUGCUUUGGCUGAAGAAUGCAUGGAGGCCUCACUCAACUUUGGAAUCAGUAAAGUCGUGAUCAACAGCAAAUGUUGCCACUCCGAACUCUGCAACAACCAAUUUGCGCCUGUUCCCAGCAAAUCCACUCCAAAUGGUAAAAAGUGCUUCCAAUGCAAAGGACAAGAUUGCACUGCAACUCUAAACUGUGAUGGGACCGAGGACCAGUGCAUCUCAGCCACAGUCAAUGCCGGAGGUGGAUUGAUUAGCAUGAAGGGCUGUGCCUCCAAGCUGAUGUGCUUAUCUGGAACUCAAAGAAUGUCAGGAGUCGUCGGAGCAGAAAUAAGCUGCUGUCAGGGAAACUACUGCAACAGCGCCAGCAGCACAAGUGCUGGCCUCGUGCUGCUGUGGACAGCAGUGGUCUCUUUGGUCGUGAUCUCUUAAAUGGUUGAAACGGCAACAUGAGCCCAAGCUUUUCUCGCUGGCCUUGCAAGGCCUCGUAUAUAGUGCUCACACCCCUCCUCAUCCUUUCACCUGAUGAGCGAGGAAGUUUAGCAGGCAAAGCAUUGAUGUGUAAGUUAAUAAAGUUGGGAAAUCCGUUUGUCUCUUACAUCCUCUAGUUUCUAACCAGCUUCUUGUUCUUUUUUUCAUGUUGCUUCAACAAUUUAGACUGCCUGCCAUGAAACGGCCAUUUCUAGGAGGCAAAUGCAUAUGAAUGCUAUAUUGUUAACCUGAAACCAAUUUUAAAAUUGCAAUUGUCAAGAACAUUUUGAUGUAAUUAAAAAAAGCCUAAUAAAUAUAUUUCUCAAACGUC